CAAAAAAAACAUUGGUGUGGUCAUCAUUAUGACGAGGAAGAAGCUAAACAUAUCUUACAUCACCAAUGAUUCAAUGAGAAAAUCAACAUUCAACAAGAGGAAGAAAGGUUUUUUCAAGAAAAUCUACGAGCUCUCCGUUCUCUGUGGAAUCCAAGCGUGUGCUGUUAUCUACAGUCCGUUCAGCUCAACCCCGGAAGUGUGGCCAUCGAACUCAGAAGUGAAGAAAGUAGUGGAGAAGUUCGAGCAGAUUCCAGAUACCGAGCAAGAGAAGAAAAUGGUGAACCAUGAAGGUUUUCUCAGACAAAGCAUCACAAAAACGAGGGAGAAUAUCACCAAGAAGAUUAUGGAUAAUACGGACAUGGCGAUGAAUGAGACUAUGUUCCAAUUUCUUAGGGGGAGAGGGGAUAUGUUUCAGCUGACUGACAAACAUCGUGACGACUUGUGUAGGCACAUUGAUCAAUAUCUUAAGGAGCUUUAUCACCAUAGGAAAAUCCUAAGUCAAUCCCAUCUUGAACAUGGAGAAUCUUCUUCAGCUGCUAAUGCCAUGACGCAACCAGCAGCUAUAGCUGAAGAGGGUUCCUCCUCUUUACCAAAUCCUGAUGCUUUCAACAGUGCUAAGCUAGUGGAUACGCUAUUGGCUCCAACGUCCAUAAUCUCUUCGAGUCAGAAACUAGAACUAAUUGAUACCUUUGAAAAUAAUUAUCCUCCUGCUGCCAGUGACCAACAAGCUUAUCACCAAAUGAUGAAUCCGGUAAAUUUAGAUCUUAAUCCUAAUCAGUAUCAGCAAAAUUUUGAAGGAUGUCCAAAUUCUCAAGAUGGAAUUUACAACCAGAAUCAUCAGCAGGAAGAAUGGCUGGUUAGUCAGAUGAUGAACAAUCCUAACCAAGUGCGUUUUCCUAUGAUGGAUGACAACAACCACCAGCAGCCCUAA